GUAUUCGCGACUACGAAGCUGAAUUUGACAGCUUGUGUGCGUGAAGCGAAUGUCAACAAAGAAUUGCAAAAAGAAUGUGAUUUUUAAACGCACCGUUUUUAACGUUUUUUGCAGGAAUUUUCGUAAUAGUGAGAGCCAUCAGUCGGAGAAAAUGAAACCUGCUACGUAGCUGUGGAGUUUGCGGAUGUGUUCGAUUACGCUGCGGGUGGAAGCCGUUUAGUCGUCGAAGGCGAAAGAUUAUUCAAAGCUGGACAUCUUUUAAUAGUUGAUGUUGAAGAAGUUCACGAUGAAGGCUUCAGUAUUUUCUCGUCCUGCCUCCAGUCAUCAUCUCCAAGCUCGGAACCCCAUACAAUAAAAAUUCGUACGAAAAUCUCCUUCUCCAAAUGGUUGUUUUCGUGUUCCUGUAAAGCUGGCAAAGGGAAGUGCAAACACGUCAUGGCUGUUUUAUAUCAUUUGCCCAAGUAUGUUUUAUUUUAUUUCUUUAUUAUCGCACAUUUUGCACCAAGUUGGACUGUUUCACACUUUUUCAAAAGUGCGAAAAUGUGAAUGUGAAUACUUGGAGAGUAGAAGUUCGACACGGUGAAAUGGAGGCUACAAAUACGGGAGGUUUCGGUAGGUUCUAUCUUUAGCCGUAGUCGUUGGAUCCAGUCUAGAUACCGCGAUUUGUCCGUUUUCGGAGGGAAGGCAUGAAAAGAAAUUCCGGGGCGAUAUCUCUGCUUACAUCCGGGGACGACACAAACAAUACGGCUUUUGAAUUUUGCAGAUUGUUCGGAGUCAGCUUCAAGCAAAUUUCGUCCGACUUGCAUGUUCUCCGGGCAAUUUGCGCAGAUCUUUGUAUUUUAGGUAUUUUCUGAACACUAAGCGGAUAUUUUUAUAUCAAAUUUCAUUAAUUCGGUUUACCUCUCUCGCAGGUAGAUUGACAGAGGGUGUACUUCAACGGCUUUUUUUCACUACUAAAUGACAAUAAAUUUUGGUUCGGAGCAUCAAAACAGCUAAGAAAAACUAUUUUUCAACAAUUUCCACUAAUUGUAAGAUAAACACGGUACAAGUUUUCGAGAAAUAAGUAUAUUAAUUACAGAGAAAAUAUGCAACGGAUUGUUUACAUAUUUUUCACUCACACGCGAAACUUUCAUAGGUGGCGACACCGUACCUUCGAUGACGCGAAUUCGCGUUGACCGCAUUGAACUUCGUGUGCUGUCAUUGUGAAACGAAAACGAUCAUAGAUUUUCUUUUGGUAUAAACUCACUAUAAAAUUAAAAUUAUGAAUUAAAUUUAUGUUUCUGCAUCGAAUAUGUAUUCUGUUUAUAAGAGCAACAUAUUUUUUUCACAAACUGUGGAAAAAUAUAUUAAACAUAAAUUGUGUCUAACAGUGAAUUUAUAUUAUAAUCAUGAGUUUUAGUGGAAAUAUAGAAAAUGUAUAGGUAAAUGCUUGGUAAAGCAUAGAACUACGUGUUUAAAGUAGUCAAAUAACUUGAAGUAAAAAUUUUGAUUCAAAAUUGAACAAUAGAAAAGUGCCUUCGAGUUUACUAAUUUAAUAGAGAAUAAUUUGCCUCCCUAAACGGGUAUCGCCACCAGACGUGGUCACUGUACAUCUGUCAUCGCGUAUUGUUUUGGGUCUGAGAUAUUUGUAACGUAUAUUUACUUUUGCCAAGUGUUUUAAUAGAGUAGGAUAGCUUUCGAUGUCUUUAAAGUGUCCAAAGACUAAAACGCAAGCCUCGCGUCGGAAAAAGGCAGAACAUUUAAAACCAGAAUAUGUAGCUUCAAUUGUGGACGUAAAACAUGAUGCUACGCCAACCGAUGAAGAAGACAUGCUUGAGAUGGUCAAUAGCGUUGAUCCAUCGGAUAAUCAAUCACCAAAUAAGAGUAGAGCAAGAACAUCAUCCCAUAUAAUUCCUUUAAAAUCUGAAAGUGUAUAUUUACUACAUAACAUGCAGCCUACAAAUGAUUCAUGUUGUGCUCUGUGUCUGCGCAAAUACCAACAGGGAUUGUUCAUAAAAUUUUCCAGCGAAGCAGAUGGGAUCUAUUGGAACAUUGAUGAAUGUGAAACCAAAUUAAAAAAUGCAGUUGAUCUUGAGAUAAAGCUAGAGCAUCAUGUGAUCUGUCGAUCCUGCUGGUCCCUUGUGGAGGUUUUGCACAACUUCCGCGUAUGUUGUUUGAGAGCAGAAAAGCAGAUGGAACGAUUUACGGAUGGAAUUAACGAUGAUCCCAACAGCAAUUCAUGGCUAAGUGACGAAACGAUGGAAUCAAUUUGUCGUGUACACAUAGCGAUUCAAACACGCGUAGAGCGCAUCGAUUUAGAAACGCUAGCCAAAGAAACACCGGACAUGAUUCAGCCACAGUCCUACUCGAAUUUAGAUUCCAAUAAUUCUGUACCAAAUUUAAAUUCUAACCAAACAGAAGGAUUAUUGCCAGCGGACGUCGAUUUCAGUAAUACAGUGUCUGAACCAGUUAUGGGGAACAUCGACAUUUCAACUUGUAAAAACUGUUUGAGGCGAUUUGAUAAUAAAGCAGGAUACGCUUUACACAUCGUCCGUUGCAAAGCAUCUUCUGAGCAAAAUGCAAAGGCAAAAACAUUUUCUGUUUGUUCUAUUUGCUCAGCUUCGUUUGAGUCGCAACGAAUGCUUGAGUAUCAUCUUAAUAAACACAAAGGAAUCAAACCGUUCGAAUGCCGCCGCAAAUGUAAAUCCAGCUUUUAUAGUCCCGAAGUUAGGUGGAAACACGAACAAAAUUGCGGGAAAUCGGGACGGAUUUGCGAAAUUUGUGGCACCGUAUUAAAAUCCAAGCAUAGUCUCGCGAAUCAUAUGGAAGCCUUGCACGGAGAUAUUAAACUCCCUUGUGAUAUAUGCGGAUAUAUCUUCAAAAACAAGAAAUCAUUAUACCGACACAAGUUGGUACAUUCCGAUGUUCGGAAAUAUCCUUGCAAUGUUUGCGGGAAGGCAUUCAAAACGUCUUACGCGGCAAAUGUACACAUGAGGAUUCACACCCAGGAAAAACCAUUUCCGUGCACCCUUUGUAAUGAGAGGUUUACGUACAAAUGUUUACUCAACAAUCAUAUCAAACGUUUUCAUGAGAGGAUGGAAUAAAAACCAUCAGAAAAUUAAAAACCCUCAAUUCUCAAACUGUUUUUUUACUUCAAUUGAUAAGUAAAAAAAUAUAAAUGGCUUUCGCGAUUUCCGAUGAUUUUUUGUCGUUGAAAAACUUCUAAAAUAAUAAUUAAUAUGUUACAUUAACUCACAUCAUUACAUCAUAAGAUGUAUAAUAGAUAUAUACGUUAAUUUACUCCAUAUACAUUCAGUUGGUUGUGUCCCAUUCACCCGAAACAUGUUUACCCGAAUGUAACACAUAUCCGAAUGACAUUCACCCGAAUGUAACAAAUACCCGAAUGGACAUUUACCCGUAUGGAUACUUACCCGAAUGCAACGAAUACCCGAAUGAGACAUUUACCCGAAUUCAACAUUUACCCGAAUGGAAUGUAACGAAAAAACGAAGUGUAAUGAUAGAUUGUAAUGAGGAAGUUUGAAAAUGAUUUUGAAGACUUUGCGGUGUCAUUUUUGAAAAUUACCGUAGGCACACUUGACAUGCCGUCUUCUUUCCUUUCCCUAUUGAUUUUCAAGGCCCUAAGAUCAUUGAAAAAUGAGUGUGGGUUAUGGAAUAUUUCGAAAACUAAGCAGGUAACAUUUUAACCUUUUCACUACGAAAACCGCAUAUAUACGCUCUCGCCA